CAAAGUUGCAAUUCUUCCCACCUUGAAGACAGGACAGGACAUGGAGAAAGCCAUGGAGACGGAGGCCGGGCGGCAGAGCGAGGUGACCUGCGUCGACUUCUGGGCCAACGAGUUCGGCAUGCGGGUGCGGAUCGCGCUGCGUGAGCUAGGCGUGGCGUUCGAGUACGUGGAGGAGGACCUCCGCGUCCGCGAGAGGAGCGAUCUGGUGCGGCGCAUGAACCCUGCUCUCCGCAUGGUACCCAUCCUGAUCCACCACGGCCGUCCAGUCUGCGGCUCCGUCAACAUCGUCGAGUACAUCGACGAGGUCUGGGGCGAGGAAACCCGUCUGCUCCCCGGCGACCCAGUCGACAGGGCUGACGCUAGGUUCUGGGCUGACUUCGUUGACCACAAGGUGUUCGGCGCCCAAGUAAGGUUUCUGGAGAGCAAGGGCGAGGAGAAAGAUGAGUUGGUCGAGCAACUCAAACGCCUAGAGGAGGUGCUCGGGGACAAGGCCUUCUUUUCUGGCGACGAAUUCGGAUUCUUAGACAUCGUUACUAUCCCAUUUUCAAGCAUGUUUCAUGGGUACGAGCAGCUUGGACGGUUUCACCUUGACGUGGAGUGCCCCAAGCUCACGCAGUGGGCAAAGAGGUGCAAGCAAAGGGAGAGUGUAAGAGCGGUUCUUCCGGAUGACACAGAGAUGUACGAAUUACACAAGCACUUGUACGGUAUUGAGUAGCCAACCCGACUUCAGUAGCUAGCUGUACGCGGCUGAAUUAAUCUAGUGUGCUAUCGUUGUCAUACAGAU